CGGCGCGGCUCCGGAAAUGGUCGUGCUGCGCUGCGCUGCGGCUGCGUCGGGCCGCGCGCGCUGAAGGAGACUGAAGUCAGUCGGAUGAACGGUCUCUGCAGGCCCGCUCAGCCGGCCCAGGUUUUUCCCGCGGGGGGAUAGCGAGGGGAUCCUUAUGCACAACCCCAUGAAAUGAACAAAGCUCCACAGCCCACAGGAGGAGCCCCGACUGCCCCGCACCCUGCCCCUUCUCCUGGACUGCCGCAGCCGACGUUCCCACCUGGUCAGACGGCACCUGUGGUUUUUAACCCGGCACCGACCUCACAAAUGAAUACGCCUUCUCAGCCGCGCCAGCAUUUCUACCAGAAUAGGGCACAGCCUCCUGCCAGUGCGUCCCGCGUGCAGAGUAACACAACGGCUCGGCCCGGCCCUCCUGCCCAUGUGUAUCCAGCUGCUUCCCAGGUGAUGAUGAUACCGUCCCAGAUAUCCUACACACCUUCCCAAGGAGCCUAUUACAUUCCUGGACAGGGUCGCUCCACGUACGUUGUCCCGACCCAACAGUACCCGGUCCAGCCUGGCGCCCCUAGUUUUUACCCUGGAGCCAGCCCCACAGAGUUCGGGACUUACGCGGGUGCAUAUUACCCGGCGCAGGGGGUGCAGCAGUUCUCAGCGGGGGUCCCCACUGCCCAGGUCAUUGUGAGCCAGCAGCCACCGAUCCCCCCAAAACGAGAGCGCAAGACGAUCCGAAUACGAGACCCCAACCAAGGUGGCAAAGACAUUACAGAAGAAAUUAUGUCUGGAGCAAGGACCUCAUCCACCCCCACUCCUCCACAGGCUGGAAGCGGUUUGGAGCCCCAGGCCAAUGGAGAGACCCCCCAUGUAGCAGUUAUUGUCCGGCCCGAUGACCGCCCGAAGCCUGCGCUGGUGGUGAGCAAGCCCGUCUCCCUGGAGCCCAGCAAGUCGGCAUCCCCGUCUCCUCCCCCUCCCCUGAUCCCCGAGGUGGAGCCCGUGGUGCUCUCGCCCGUGACGCUGGUGCCAAUGGAGCCUCCUGUGGACACGGACAUGAAAGCGGAGCAGGGCGAGGCGCCACCUGACCCGCAAAAGACGUUAAGCGCCAUCACUACAGUGCCAGGGGCUGUGGAGCUGCCCCUUGUGCCCGCGGCCAACAUGGACACGGUGGCUGCGGAGGAGGAGGAGGAGGAAGAGGAGGAGGUGGUUGCUAUUUCCCUCCUGGAGCCCACCCUGCAGGAGCCUGUGCCCCCUGAGGUGCCGCCGGUGCCCGUUGUUCCCUCGAUGCCAGCCGUGCCCCUGGUGCCGGCUGCGCCGUCGCCACCGCCCGUUGUACCACAGGCCCCUGAAGCGCCUGCCAAACCCGCCUCCCCCAGCCCCCCACCACCCCGGGAAGAGCCCUGCCCCGAGCCCACUGCUGAGGCCAAUGGGGUUUUGGAGGAGACGCCUGAGGCGGUCCCUGAGGCGCCCGUGUGCCAGCCAGUGCCGGUCUCUGAGCCGGUGCCUGUGCCCACCCUGGACUCCCCCGUUGCCCAGCCUGAAGAGCUGCCCCUACCCAAUGGUGUGGAGGGCACCAGCAAAGCGGAGCCGAGUGAGGAGCAGCCCGAGUCAGAUGUCAGUCCCAUCUCAGAGCCUGAGGAGCCAGCCCAGCCUGGCACCCCUGCCUCCCCACCUGCAGAGGAGGAGGAGGAAGAGAGCGAAGGCCCUGGUGAGACCCAGGAGCGAAGCUUGAGCCCAGCCCCUGCCCCUUCGCAGAUCUCGGAGGCGACCGCACAAGUCGCCAUGUCGGUGCCAAAGAAGAAACGAAGGAUGAAGGAGCUGAACAAGAAGGAGGCAGUAGGUGAUUUGCUGGAUGCCUUUAAAGAGUCUCAGACUGGUGAUAGUGCCUCAGAGGCAGAGAACAAGCCCCCCGUGUCUGCCCCUGCCAGUGAAGCGGAGGAUGUGGCUCCUGCCCGUCCACAGGAGGAGUUGGAAGAGACGUGGGAGGAGAAGGAAGACAAGUUGGCCCCGGAGAAGGGCAAGGCUGCUGGCCAGAAGUAUGGCUACAAGGAAGAGCAAUGGAAGCCAUUGAAUCCUGAGGAGAAGAAGCGAUAUGACCGGGAGUUCCUGCUGGGCUUCCAGUUCAUCUUUGCCAGCAUGCAGAAACCUGAGGGGCUGCCCCAGAUCACAGAUGUGGUGCUGGACAAGCCGUGUGUACCUUCGCAGGCCAACAAGACCCCGCUGCGGCCAAUCGACCCCAUCCGCAUCAAUAGCAUGAACUGCAGCCCUGACUUUACCCCCUCCUUCGCCAACCUUGGCAGGCCUGUCAUGGGCAACCGGGGCCUGCCCUCAGGGUUGGGUCCCCGCCGCUCCCAGCCGAGUCAGAGGAAGGAGCCCCGCAAAAUCAUUGCUACUGUGUCCCUCAAUGAGGAUGUCAAGCUGAACAAGGCUGAGAAGGCCUGGAAACCCAGCAGCAAACGUGCUUCCGAGGAGGAGGAUCCUGAGAAUAUCAAGACACAGGAACUGCUCCGCCGUGUCCGCAGCAUCCUCAACAAGCUGACACCCCAGAUGUUCCAGCAACUGAUGAAGCAGGUGAUGGAGUUGUCCAUCGACACGGAGGAGCGGCUCAAGGGUGUCAUUGACCUCGUCUUCGAGAAGGCCAUCUCGGAGCCAAACUUCUCUGUUGCCUAUGCUAACAUGUGCCGUUGCCUUAUGGGGCUUAAAGUGCCCACAACAGACAAGCCCACAGUGACUGUGAACUUCCGCAAGCUGCUGCUCAACCGCUGCCAGAAGGAGUUUGAGAAGGACAAAGAUGAUGAUGAGAUCUUUGAGAAGCGGCAGAAGGAGAUGGAUGAUGCCAGUGCUCCUGAGGAGAAGGCGCGUAUGAAGGAUGAGCUGGAGGAGGCGCGGGACAAGGCCCGACGACGAUCCCUUGGCAACAUCAAGUUCAUUGGAGAGCUCUUCAAACUGAAGAUGUUGACGGAGGCCAUUAUGCAUGACUGUGUGGUGAAGCUGCUCAAAAACCAUGAUGAAGAGUCUCUUGAGUGCCUUUGCCGCCUGCUUACGACUAUUGGCAAGGACUUGGACUUCGAGAAAGCCAAGCCCAGGAUGGACCAGUACUUCAAUCAGAUGGAGAAGAUCAUCAAAGAGAAAAAGACGUCAUCCCGAAUCCGUUUCAUGCUGCAGGAUGUGAUUGACCUAAGGCGGAAUAGUUGGGUGCCGCGGCGGGGAGACCAGGGCCCCAAAACCAUCGAUCAGAUCCACAAGGAAGCAGAGAUGGAGGAGCAUCGAGAACACAUCAAAGUGCAGCAGCUCAUGUCAAAGGACAAGAGGAGAGGACCCCCUGGGCCAUCCUCUGGUGGACGCAGUAGCCUGGUUGCAGAUGAUGGCUGGAACACGGUGCCCAUCAGCAAGGGCAACCGGCCCAUUGACACCAGCCGGUUAACAAAGAUCACCAAGCCUGGAUCCAUUGACUCCAAUAACCAGCUCUUUGCACCAGGUGGGCGGCUGAGCUGGGGCAAAGGCAGCAGCGGAGGGUCUGGCGCGAAGCCUGCAGAUUCAGCAUCUGAUUCAGGGCGACCAGCCACGAGCACCUUGAACCGCUUCUCAGCGCUCCAGCAGUCAAUGCCUGCCGAGAGCCCAGAGUCCCGCCGUGUGGUGCAGAGGAGCAGCUCCAGCCGUGACAGGUCAGAGAAGGCUGGGGACAGAGGGGACCGGGAGUCACGUUCGGAGAAGGGCAGCGACCGUCUAGAGCGUCUUGACCGUGGGGAGAGAGUAGACAGGAACAGGUCUGCCCUCACCAAGAGGAGCUUCAGCAAAGAGACAGAGGACAGGAGCCGAGAACGGGAGAAGCAGGGCGGCCCCGAGGCCGUGCGCAAGGCUGCAAGCAUGACGGAGGAACGGGACCGGAGCCGAGAGACUGUUAAACAAGAGCCAACACCUCCUGCAACAUCCACCAAGCCCGCGCUGUCGGAAGAGGAACUGGAGAAGAAAUCCAAGGCGAUCAUAGAGGAAUACCUGCACAUCAAUGACAUGAAGGAGGCCCUGCAGUGUGUGCAGGAGCUGGGCAGCCCCUCUUCACUCUACAUCUUUGUGCAAAAUGGCAUCGAGUCCACGCUGGAGAGGAGCACCAUCUCCCGUGAGCACAUGGGAGCCCUGCUCUGCCAGCUGGUGAAGGCAGGCACGCUCUCCAAGGAGCAGUACUACAAAGGGCUGCGGAAGAUCUUGGAGAUCGCAGAGGACAUGGAGAUUGACAUCCCACACAUCUGGCUGUACCUGGCUGAGCUCAUCACACCCAUCCUGCAAGAGGAAGGCAUCCCCAUGGAGGAGCUGUUCAGGGAGAUCACAAAGCCCCUGGUGCCCAUUGGGAAGGCCACCACGCUGCUGGUCGAGGUGCUGGGCUUGUUGUGCAAGGGCAUGGGCCAGAAGACCGCAGGAAAACUGUGGCGGGAUGGGGGCCUGAGCUGGAAGGAAUUCCUGCCUGAGGACCAGGAUGUCAACAAAUUUGUCACAGAGCAGAAAUUGGAGUACACAAUGGGGGACAGCUCAGACAUGCCAAGCCGCAAGGAGCUGACCUCAGAGGAGCUGUGCAAGCAAAUGGACAAACUGCUGAAGGAGAACCCGAACAACCAAAGAAUAUAUGACUGGAUUGAGGCCAACCUGAGCGAGCAGCAGGUCUCGUCCAACACGUUUAUCAGGGCCCUGAUGACGUCUGUGUGCCACUUGGCCAUUGUCUGUGAGUACCAGGGUGAGGUGGGAGCAGGGGGGUGCCCCUGCCUGCAGUGCCCCUCUCACACCCUGUCCCCUGCAGUUGAGAACCCGUACCGCGUGGACGCCAUGGUCAUCCGCAACCAGGCCAAGCUGCUCCAGAAGUACCUGCGGGAUGAGCAGAAGGAGCUCCAGGCACUCUAUGCCCUGCAAGCCUUGGUGGUGAAGUUGGACCAGCCUCCCAACCUGCUGCGGAUGUUCUUUGAUGCCCUCUACGAUGAGGACGUCAUCAAGGAGGAGGCUUUCUACAAGUGGGAGUCCAGCAAGGACCCGGCUGAGCAGCAGGGCAAAGGGGUGGCUCUCAAAUCGGUGACAGCCUUUUUCACCUGGCUCCGGGAAGCUGAGGAUGAGUCGGACAACAACUGAGCAGCUGUGAGGAGGAGGAGGAGGAAGGGGGGAGAGAGAGCGGGGCACCCUGGGGAGUGACUCCAUCCCUUCCCACCCCUGGCCCCCAUGGACUUGCUGAUGCCAGGGCUGAGGGACCUACUGUGCCCCUUGCAGCCCCCCUCUCUUUUUUUCAGUUCUCCUCUCUCUUCUUCCUCUGUCCUGGUUCUGUUUGUAAGGCCUGUACGAGGUUGUCAUGAUGAUAAUAAACAGAUGCUGACUGAGGCGGUGGCUGCCAUGGGUCCCCUUGGGGACCCUCCUCGCCCCCCUCCCAGUGCAGGCACACCAGGUCUCUGGGAGUGGGGCAGAGCACCCCUGGAUUCAUGUCAUGGAGAGGGGGGGAUGGGAUGGGGACAUAUUUCUCCCCUCCUCUCCCUCCUCCUCUUUCUCCUUCCCGCUUCUUGAUGAAAUAUAGAGAGAUUAUAUAUAUAUAAACUUAUUAAAUUUGGUUUGGGGACAGGAGCGUGAUUUCUCCCCCUCCCCUGUCCUCUCUCUAUUCCUCCAUCACUGCCUGGACCCCCUCCCCUCUAUGGUUUUUAAAUUUUAAAUAUAAAUCAUUCCCCCCCCAGCUCCUACUCUGACACCUGGGGAGGGUGCCGGGGAGGAGGGGGGGUGGCCCCUUCUCUCUGGGCCAGGCUGAGUCCCCUCCACGACCCCAAAAGCUCCCAUCCUCCUCCCAAACGUUUAAGGCCACAAUUGGGCAAGCAACAGGGCGGCCCCCUCAUCCGCGUCCCCUGUAUUUAUAGAGCGCCGGAUGUGACGAGCCGCAUGUGUAAUUAUUAAAACAAGGAUUCAAUUACUGGUCACGUGAAUUUGUAAAUAAUUUUUUUUUUUGCCUUUUUUUUUUUUCUUUAUGGAGUAUUUAAUUGAAGAUUUAAAGGCAUCUUUUCACCUUAAAACUGGAAAUAAAAGAAC